AUGUCGCGUCAACCGCCUCUUCCCAAUGGCCUUCCGCCUCGACCUCCUGGAACUUUCUGGGAAAGAGAUAGAGAUGAGAGAAACAACAAUUAUCAUACACCCGAGAGAAAUCGUCGCGACAUGGGUCGUGAUUCUUAUCGCCCUGCUCCUCCUCCUCAAUACGAUAGUUAUGCUCCCCACUCUGCAAACCGCGAUCGCGAUAUGUACCAAUUUGGUGGUCACAAUCCUCCUCCACCAGCAUAUGGAAAUUAUGCUCCUGGUGUACAACCUCCCCGUCGUCCUUCUGGAGCUGGAGAUCCUUACCGUAUGAAUGAUGGUUAUCGCGCUCCACCCCCCGCUCCCAGCUUUGAUUUCCGUUACGAUGCACCACAGUCUAUCAAUUUCGAAAGCUCCGAUAGAUUUCAAUCCCAUGGACAAGGUCGCAAUAACAACUCUGGCGGCAACAGAGAUAGAAAUGAUGAUCAUCUUCGUCGUCGUCGCGAAAAAGAUCGACGCGACAACAAUCGAGGACGUGGCGGCUAUCGCGGUCGAGGUGGUCCAAGAUUGGCAGCAGAUCGAGUUUUCUUGAAAGGAAAACGCUCGCCUACUCCUGAACUCAUGCCAGGUAUGAAUGAAGAUGCCUCUGCUGAUGUUAAAUACAGAGAUAUCGGCGACUUGUCUGAUAGUGACGAAGCUGAGAUGGACAUGUCGGAUGAUGAUGAUAAUGACGAUCAACCCAAGAAAAAGAUUGCUCGAACUAGUGCAAAGGCUGCAGAUGGCGACAGUGUUCCAAAAUGGUCAAAUCCCGAUCCAUACACAGCCCUUCCACCACCAGGCGAAUCUGACCGAAAGAAGAAGGAUGUCGUUAAACUUAUUAGGAAAGCUCGUGUCGCAACUGGUCAAGAAGGCGCUACUAAAGUUGAUGCUGCUCAGGACGACUUCAUUUCUUUUGACCUCGAUGCGCCCGCAAGUAUUGAUAGUGAAGAGGAUGAUUACGAGCCCCAACCCUCCGAGCAGUCCGCACCCAGUUCAGCCAAAUCUUUCAGUCACCUCGAAAACAUUAGAAAGUUUGACAUGCCUCAGCAAUCACAAGAUACUGUCACCCAAUCAACCGGCAUCAAUAGCAUGCCCAUGGAUGAUGUCCAAACUCCCCAGCGAGCAUCUAAGCCAUUAGACCUAUCGACCGAUCCCGCUUUAGGUAGCAGAAAGCGUACCGCUAACGAUGUGAUCAAGCCUCCACCACUUGUGAAUAAGCUGAUUCCUGGUAAACCUCCCAAGUCCAGUGGAACUCUUCUUAAAGAGUGGCGUGCCGGACCUGGUGUGAAUGAAGUCCCUUGGCUUCAAGACCAUUCUGAUACCUCUAACAUGGGACUUUGGCUACAUAAAGAGAUAAUGGACUUCUACUAUCAUGUAAAACCUCGCAAAUUUGAAGAAGUCAUUAGACAGAAGUUGCUUGUUGACUUGAGGAACAAUUUCCGCAGAUAUUAUCCCGAUGCUGAUAUCCUACCUUUCGGCUCUUUUCCUGCAGGUCUCUAUCUGCCUACCGCUGACAUGGAUGUUGUCAUGGUUUCAGAUGAGUUCAUGGACGGUGGAUGGCCUAAAUACAGCAGCAAAAGUCAUAUCUGGCGGGUUAAAAGCAAUAUUGAAAGAGAUCGUCUUAAUACUGGUAGAAUCGACGUGAUCACCAGCGCUAAAGUGCCACUUGCUAAAUGGGUCGAUGCUAUUACUGGCCUGAAGGUUGAUAUGUCUUUUGAAAACGACACAGGCCUCAUCGCAAACAAAACAUUUCAAGAGUGGAAGGCUCAGUUUCCUGCAAUGCCUAUAUUGGUUACCAUUAUCAAGCAUUUAUUGGCAAUGAGAGGUCUGAAUGAGCCUGUCAAUGGUGGCAUAGGAGGCUUUUCUAUUACUUGUCUUGUUGUAAGUCUUCUACAGAACUUGCCACAGGUCAAGAGUGGAACUAUGAUACCAGAACAUAAUCUCGGCGAGAUCUUGAUGGAGUUCCUCGACUUGUAUGGCAAUGAGUUCAACACGCGUACCACUGCCAUUUCUGUUAAUCCACCUAAACUUUUCCCGAAAUCUACAGCUCCUCGCGGCCUUUACAGAGAUUUUGAUAGUCCAAAGUUCUCUAUAAUCGACCCGAACAGACCCGACAAUGAUAUCUCAGGUGGUUCAAAAAACACCCCUGCAAUUCAAGAAUGCUUUUCUGCUGCCUAUUCUGCUUUGCAGCAGAGUAUGAACACAUUGCAACACGCUGACCUCAAAACUCGUCAAAAUCAAAGUCUUCUUCGAUGUAUCAUUGGUGGGAACUACGAAUCCUUCAAGCUUCAAAGGGACCACCUUGCCCACCUACAUGAACAAAUAGUUGGCCCAAUUGAAGAUGAGUAG